GCCAGCCCAGCACACAGGCUCGUGGGUUACAAAUACUUGAGCAGGGAUGUUUGUCUCUCUGCCGUAGCCCACUGCCUCCCUGGUUACUGUCCUCGGUGAGAUCGGAAGGGGCUCCCAGUGUCUAAUGCAGCCCCAGGACCAGGGCCCUACAUCAACGUUCACCCUGGAGGAGAUGGAGGCCCUGCUGCUGCUGGCCCUCUCCAUCCUGACCGGUGCCCCCCCCCGUGGUGCAUGUGGUGGCCACCCCAGGCCCUCAUCGCAGCACGGGGGAACCCCUGUCCCUGAUGUGCCGGCUGGACACCAGCGCCUAUGGCGGAGUGGGCUUCUCCUGGUACAAGGAUGGCGAGCGGCUGGGGUGGGCACAGCCAGAACUGGCUUUCCUGGGCGUCCAGGUGGCUGAUGGGGGAGAAUAUCAGUGUGAGGUGUACAACACCCUAGGGAAAUCCACCUCCCUGCCACUCACCAUCACUGUUGUGUACGGCAGUGACUGGUACCAGCUGAGCCCUGGCCCCAUGGCAGGCUUCGGAGCAGGGGUCCUGCUGCUCUUCCUCCUGAGCAACCUCGGGGUUUAUUGUCUGGCCAGGAGAAUCCGCCAACGGAAAGAACCAGGGGGUAGUCUGCAGGAGGGCAGCAGAGAGGACCCCAGCAAGCCACAGAGAGACUCGCUCUAUGAGGAAAUCCCAUGUGCCGGGGAGAUUCCCUGCCCCUCAGAUGACAACGGCGACUAUUAUAACAGCACCAAGGACUAUUGUAACUGAGCACGGCCAAGACCCCUGCCGACCGUCCGCGGUCCCCUCCGUGCCGCCGCAACCCGGAUCUCGAUGAGAGUCCACCGCUCACACCCCAGGCAGCAUUUACCCUCCUCCAUGAGCUGGGGAAACCCAGGAGAACCCAGGUGUCCUGACUCCCAGCCCUCCUCCCACCCCGCAGCAGAGCCCUGGGGCAAGGUCCCACUUGGGCCACUGGAACUGGGCAUUUCUGGGGCAGUUUAAUUUGUAGUUCCUAUUUUCCAGGCUGUGUUGGGUUUCGGGAGGCAGGCUGGCCUAGCAGACAGAGAACAGGACUGGGAGGGAGGUGAUCCGGGGUCUGCCUGCCUACGGGCAACUCACAGCCCUGCUCUGUGCCUCAGUUUCCCCGAAAUGAUCCUUCCCUCCUGUGUAUAGUGCUUGGAGAUCUCUGGCCGGAAAGCACUAGACAUGGACAAGGUGUCAUUACCCACCAGGCUGCUGUUUCCCUCCAGGUCCAGCCCCUUUCUCAGCUUUAACACAGUUUUCGUCAGGGAAUUGCCUUUGUUUUGUUUAUUGUUACUGGAUAGUAAAGUGGGUUUACAAACCCAUCAGCCUGGGUGGCUGCCGCGGGACAGGGAGGCUUUGCCGAGGGCAGGGGGCUCCAAGGCUUGAAAGGGAAAGAUGACGCAGCAAGCAGCCUUUCAAAGGUGGGUUUUUAGCAGAUUGUGCAACCGGGAGCCAGUCGCUCUCAGGCGGGGAAUUAAAAACAAACAAACAAAAAACAGAAAAGCAGCAGAAGUCCCUCCCCCCCCCCGACACCCCCAGAGCAGCAAGGCGCUACUUAAUGAAAUGAAUUGGCAAUUACAAAUGCAUCCGAUGAAGUGAGCUGCAGCUCGCCAAAGCUCAUGCUCAAAUAAAUGGGUUAGUCUCUAAGGUGCCACAAGUCCUCCUGUUCUUUUUGCGAAUACAGACUAACACGGCUGCUACUCUGAAAGAAGCCAAUGUACGCUUGCUGGGGGCGGCCUGGGCAGCUGGCCCCCACCCCGCUCCGGCUUCCAGCCUCCCUAGGGGGCGGAGUCUGGGGGGAGGGAGAGGAGGGGAAGGGUCACAGAGAGGGGCAAGGCCUUGUGGUGAGAGGCGGGGAGCACCCCACAAUUUUCUGUCUAACCCACCUUACCCACCCCCGCAGUGGGAAGAGGCGGGCGCCACCCCUGGUCUCCCCCCAUCGCAGCCAAUCACAGAACACAAUCCCACUCAUUCAUGUGCCAGGCUCUAGUUUCCAUCCUCCCGGCUCCUCCCGUCUUCACAAUGAGCCGCGCCACGCACCCAGGGGUGCGGACCGGGGGGCCAGGAUCCCACACUUUAUACCUGCCAUAAGGGGGGAGCGAGAGGGGAGGGGCG